AUGACGUCCCAGGACGUGCGCUCGAUCCUCAACCUCCCGCAAGCGGGCCCGUCGUCCGCCCCAGCACCGAAGAAGCUCGCCAAAGUUGCGCGGAAACCGGACGGCAUCUCGCGAGAGCUCUACGCCCUCAUCGGCGACAAUGCACCUUCCCUUGCUGAGGUACAGGCAUCCACGGCUGCGGUGCGAUACCGUGACCGACCAAAGCUCAAAGGGAAGAAGGUCAAAUGGUCAGUUUCCCUGUAUCCGGACGGCGAGCAAGGAGCGCCCCGUCUUGGACACUGGGUGCGCGUGACGGAUGACGAGCCGCAUGCGCGUGUAGACUACUUUGGCGCCUUCAACCUUCACGGUCCGUCUGUAAUGGAGUACUCACAGUAUGAGUACGACCAGCACCUUGUCGACCCCAACUGGUCUGCGGACGAGACGCGGUAUCUCUUCGACCUGCUGAGGCAAUAUGAUCUCCGUUUCGUUGUUGCUGGGGACCGGUAUGAGUACCGUGGACCGCGGGGCCAGGAUCCGGUCAAAAAGAGGAGCAUUGAGGUGGGUGAGCAAAGCCUGAUUUCGCUGACCCGGCAGGAGAUGAAGGACCGAUACUACACUAUCUGCAGGAGACUAGUGCGGACACGAACGGCGUCGGACCCGCAAGUGCAGCAGCAGCAGAUUGCGCAGUACUCGUUCGACAAGGCGGCCGAGAUCGCAGAGGAAGAGGCACUGUACCUCGAGGUUAAGCGGAUGGAGCAGAACGAGCGCAGGUACCGUGCCGACCGCGACGACCUCAUGCGCUCGAUCAUCGGUCUGGACAGUGGUCUUGUCAGCCUCGACCAGGCGAACCGCGAAGGUGUACCGGGUCUCGACCCGAAGAGCAAGAAGAAGCGCCGCCCGGACGAGGAGACGCCGUCCCGACCUGCGAGCCCUGGUCCGCCAGCGAAGAAGCCGAGAGACCAGGCGGCGUGGGACGCCCAGCAGUGCAUCUACCGCCUUCCUCCGCCGACAGUGGCGGCCAAUUCGUCGCACCUCGCGAGCAAGCACCCCGUACACCAGCCCGUGCACCUGCGCAGCACGAAGAUGCCGAUGCCAAAGGCGAACAGCGCGAUCCGCAUCACGGAGCUGCUCGGCGAGAUGGGUCUCAGCACUCACCGUCUCGUCAUGCCGACACGCACGAACCUGGAGGCGUACGAUGGCGUUCUCGGCGCUGCUGCCAGCCUGAUCGACAUGAAGCGCCAGGUGGACCGCGUCGAGCAGGAGAUCCGCACGCUCAAGGCGCAGAAAGAGGGCUUCAUUCCGCCCGUCGAGCAGAGCCGGAAGCGAUCAGAAAGCGUGCUCUCAACGGAUACAUCGGGAACGGGCACGAGGAGGAGCCGAGCGUAG